UUCAGUCGCUUGCUGAGCUGCUCCCCUCAGUGGAAAUUAUUAGACUGGUCGGCACAUUUACCAACCAGUUUAACAUCACCAGCGUUUAAAUGCGCCGAGGACUCAUUUUCGAUGAUCGGCCAGUACUUGACAUAGCGACAAGAUGCGGAGUUUUAUCAGAUUAUUAUAAACCUUCACUCACGCACAGAGCUAGCAGGUUAGCUGGUUCAAAGCACCAGGCUGCUGGCAUUUACAGGGACUGCCAGUAGGACGUCAAGGAAGCCGCUUCAUCAUUUCCUCGUUACUCGGAUCGGGAACAAAUCCAACUGUCUGGUUUCUGGACGCGCUCAUGUUUUGGCAUUUUGGCGAGCAUGGAGCUGUUUCAAGCUAAAGAUCAUUAUAUUCUCCAGAGCGGAGAUAACGCGUUGUGGUGCAGCAGGAAGGACGGAUCUUUGAUCGUGAGACCGGCAACUGAUCUGCUGCUGGCCUGGAACCCUGUCUGUUUGGGGCUUGUGGAGGGUGUUAUUGGAAAAAUACAGCUUCAUGCUGAUCUUCCUCUGGGCCUGAUUCUGAUUCGCCAGAAAGCACUGGUGGGCCUGUUGCCAGGAGACCACAAAGUGUUCAAGAUCACCAAGAUAGUAGUCAUUCCACUCUCAGAGGAUGAACCACAGGAUCUGGAAUUAGAGCUUUGUAAAAAACAUCAUUUUGGAAUCAACAAACCCGAGAAAAUCACCCAGUCACCGGAUGAAUCAAAGUUCCUGCUGAAGACACUGAGUCAGAUCAAAUCUAAUGUUGCAGUGCCCAUCAAGAAAAAGGUGAAAGAGAAUAAAGAGAAGGAGCGUCUAGAGAGGCGGCUGCUUGAUGAACUCUAUAAGAUAUUCAUGGACUCUGAUUCAUUUUACUACAGUCUGACCUAUGACCUUACCAAUACAGUCCAGCGACAGGGAGCAUUAGGCGAUUCAGAUUUACCCCUUUGGAAAAAGGUGGAUGAUAGAUUCUUCUGGAACAAACACAUGAUCAAAGACCUCAUCAACUUGAAGGUGCCUCAGGUGGACUUUUGGGUGAUUCCUAUCAUUCAAGGCUUUGUGCAGGUGGAGGAGAUGGUGGUGAACUACAACGAGAGCUCUGAUGAAGAGAAGAGCAGCCCGGAUACACCUCUGCAGGAACCCACCUGUGUGGAUGAUAUUCACCCACGUUUUACCGUGGCCCUUAUCUCCAGACGAAGCCGCCAUCGUGCAGGAAUGCGCUACAAGCGAAGAGGAGUGGACACAGAUGGACAUGUGGCCAACUAUGUGGAGACCGAGCAGCUAAUUCAUGUGCAUAGCCACACGCUGUCCUUUGUACAGACACGAGGCUCCGUCCCUGUGUUUUGGAGCCAAGCUGGAUACCGCUACAACCCCAGACCUCGGAUAGAGAAAGGAGAGAGGGAAACUAUGCCUUACUUUUCUUCUCACUUUGAACAGCAAGUUGAGAUUUACAAAAAACUGGUCAUCAUUAAUUUAGUGGACCAAAAUGGACGUGAGAAGAUAAUUGGUGAUACAUUCCUCAAACAAGUGCUGCUGUACAAUAAUCCCAAUCUAACAUAUGUUUCAUUUGACUUCCAUGAGCACUGUCGAGGGAUGAAGUUUGAGAAUGUGCAGACUCUCACUGAUGCCAUUUGUGACAUCAUCACGGACAUGAGAUGGGCCUGGGUGGACCAAGCAGGAGUCAUCUGCCAGCAGGAGGGCAUUUUCCGUGUUAACUGCAUGGAUUGCUUGGAUAGAACUAAUGUGGUACAAGCCGCAAUCGCCCGUGUAGUCACAGAGCAGCAGCUGAAAAAGCUUGGUGUAAUGCCACCCGAGCAGCCACUGCCCCUCAAGUGUUACAAGAUCUAUCAGGUGAUGUGGGCCAACAAUGGAGACACCAUUAGCCGUCAGUAUGCUGGCACAGCUGCCCUAAAGGGUGAUUUUACACGAACAGGAGAGCGAAAGUUGGCGGGGAUGAUGAAGGAUGGUGUGAACUCAGCUAAUCGUUACUAUCUGAACCGCUUCAGAGACGCUUACCGACAGGCCGUCAUCGACCUCAUGAUGGGCCUUCCAGUUACAGAAGACCUGUACUCCAUCUUCAGCAAAGAGAAGGAGCAUGAGGAGAAGGAGAGCCAAAGAGGAGCUCAGGAGCAGGUUAGCUUUCUGCUGCAGACAUACAUGCAGCUGCUGCUGCCUGAAGAUGAGCGGUUCCAUGGUGGCUGGGCUCUUAUCGACUGCGAUCCAAGUUUUAUGUCAACGGUUCAGAGUCUAAUAGAUGCCACGCACAAAGAUGUUGAUGUUCUUCUCCUUCUGUCCAACUCUGCAUAUUAUGUAGCCUACUAUGAUGAGGAAGCAGACAAGGUCAACCAAUACCAGAGGCUCAGUUUAAAAGGUCUUGAAAAGAUUGAAAUUGGCCCAGAACCUACUCUGUUUGGAAAGCCUAAAUACUGCUGCAUGCGACUGCAUUAUAAGAAUGGGGAGACAAGUGGUUACUUUCAUACACUGAGAGCUGUCACACGGAAUGCAGAGGAUGAUGGAAAAGACACACUCCAGUGCAUUGCUGAAAUGCUUCAAAUUACAAAGCAAGCUAUGGGGCUUGACGUCCAGGUCAUUGAGAAGAAAUUAGAGAGGAGACACAGUAAACCACAUGAGGAUAUUAUGGGAAUACAAGGAAAAGCCGUGGACCAAGUCUUUGGGUCUGGUUUGGCUCAAGGCAAAAGCUUCCUUUUGAACAAGUUCUCAACUCUAAACCAGAAAGUGAAGCAGACAAAGACCAACGUCAACAUGGGAAAUUUCAAGCCUUUAGGGAGACUAGGGACCUUCUCGAAGCCUGAGGUGAAAGUGAACUUCCUAAAGCCCAAUUUGCACGUGAACCUCUGGAAAUCUGACAGCAGUUUAGAGACUUCUGAUGCUAAUACUGGUUCGACAGCCCUAAAAGACCUUAAUGAUGAGCAUUCUGAAGAGAUCUCCUCUGAUUCUGAUUCCUACCACUCGGACGAGCAUCCAUGCUCAGGAUCUCGGGAAAACGUAGACUAUGUGCUUCCAAGCUGUGGAAUUGUAGCAUCUGUACCUCGACUUGGCAGUCGCUCACAAUCUAUUAGCAGCAUUGAGCUUGCAGUCCCCUCUGUCAUCCGAGUCACAGGCUGUGAUAACAAGACUACAGAUAACUUGUCAGUUGGCCUAGAUGACCAGUCUCCAGGGGCAGCCUCUGAGGCAGAAGAAGCCAUUCUGAUUGACUUUGGGACACCUAUUGAUGCUUACUGCCACCAAUUCGUCUACGAUGCCAAGACUAAAGCAAUAGAGGUGUUUGAGGAAGUGGCAACACCACCCAAACUGCAAGCACCUCACGGCACCAAUGCCCCCUCAGCUCCAGAUGCAAAGCUAGGUUCUUCACAUUCUCAACUGCAGCUCCCUCGACCAUCUCAGCUCGAGGUGGACUCCUCUGUUCCUGUGGGGAAUCUACUGACUAUCCAGCCUCUGGGCUCUGCCACAUCAUGCGGGUCACAAAAGAGUCUGGAAGACAAUAUAGGACCCUCACCAGCAGACAGCAAUGGAGGUGUUGUUUCACCCUUUGCAAAGAUCAGGAGCUCCAUGGUGCAGGUGGCAAGCUUGACCCAGACAGGACUUACACAAGGAAUCAAUUUCGCUGUAGCAAAAGUUCAGAAAAGCCCAGAAUCAGAUGCUGUUAAUGAAACUCAAGAAAAUGAAUUGCGAGCAAUGUUUACACAGUGCCAGACUAGGAUAAUUCAGAUAUAGUUCUGUUAGCAGAUGCAUUUUUAGUGUUAGAUUGUGACUUCCAGUAAAGUAACAGUAGCAAAAUCUCACAAAACCGAACAUUAACUCACCUAAAGUCACACUCCUAAUAUCCCCACCAGUUCAACAAACCAAAGUUUGCAGCCAGUGUUGUAGUAUGUAUUACAUCUAAGGACAUCUCCACACUAAAACGUUUUUCAGUUGAAGACGCAUUGCUUUUGCUAUGUCUACACCUCUCAUCCUCACAGGAACAGGAAUUUUCGAAAACUCUUUCUAGAAAACGAUGACAUAAUGAACCAAAAAUGUAUUAGUGUGGACUUAGCCUAAGAUUACCUUACUGUGCCCAAGUCUACGUCAAAUCCUAAAUACAUCUAUAUAUUGCUGGUUUGCAUGUUAAGAAAUAACUCUUGAGGUAGGCUAAGGCAGGCAAUAUUUAUUGCAUGCCAAGACCCAAGACAUAGAUUUGUCAUGUCUGACCCCAUUUGUGCAGUGCACUUCUUUGAAUUCACUGGCUGUUGAAGCUAUAACUCAAACCUUUCAAACUAAUAACCACAUUUUAAUAUCUAUCAGUGGGCAGCUUAAUAUUACGCAUUAGAAAAAUGGACCAUAAAGUUACAUUAUUAUACAGAUAUCUUUGAUGUGGUGUUUGUCAUUUAAAAUAUACCAAAAUAAAACCAGAAUAGUUGUGUAGGACCUGUGGUCAAAUUAUAUUAUUCAAAAUGUAAGUAUUAUAUGUAAGUACUGUAGCAGUUUCAUUAGAACUCUCCAAUUAAGAUGUUUAAGACAGAGAAUUGUUUAUAUGCUCUUAAAUUUAUGACAAAGGCUAAUGGAAAGAGGCCACCUCCCGUUCUUUGGGCUCUGUUGAUAGUCAUGCAACCUAAUCUGUCAAAUCUUUCCAAUGGGGAAACUGAUGUUUCACAGAGUUAGCAGAGGACAGUUAUUUAUAACUAGGUUAUACAAAAGCUUAUGUCUUAAAAUAUUACGUUUAUUUCACAUUUUCAGUUGUAAAAACCUUUCCUGUGUCAAAUAACUUAAAUCAGUUAUUUGCAAAUUCAUUUUGGUAUUCAAAUGUACCAAAGAAAUCUAAAGUUAUAGGACAUUAGAUUUGCAUUUGACAGGUCUAAUGCAAGGUAGCCUUGACAGUUUUUUGCACUCUUAAAUGGCAUGAGCAAGCCUUACCAGAUCAUUAAAUGCAAGCCUACCUUCAGAUUACUGAUGUUUUCAUUCAACCCAUUCAGGUUAUAUUUAUGUUUCAUCUGGGGUGUAGCUAUUAUGCAUUUAUGCCAUGCUUUAGAUAAUGCUCUCUGACUUGAAGGUCAUUCUGUUUAAAAUUAGUGAAGUGAUUCAGAUUAGAUCAUCAUUUGAGGCUGCCAUACCUCAUAAAUUCUUUAUGCAGAAAGAACAUCAAGUCUUACUGAACGAUGUCCAGGGAAUCCUAGUUUAAUUAUGCAUUAAUUAACAGAAUUUAAGUGCAGAUCAUGUGGCAUUGGGGGUUUAUUGAUGUUUGGGUACUUAGGUUCUAAGAAAGUCUGGAAUAGUUCAGUAUCAGACUAGCAUUACAAUAUCAAUAGGCCUGCCUCACUCUUGUGAUCUCAUGUCCUAGCCAGUAAUUAUGACUAUGAAGAUCAUAUUGGCCUCUAUGGGAGACAUAUCAGUUCUAUGGUCCACAGGUACUUUUUCAAACAGCUAUAUUUUUACUCAUCUUUCUCCAUCAUAUCUGCUGUAGCACAGACUAUAUGUACUGUUCAAUGUAGUGGGUUACACAAUGCUGUUGAAAUCCAUACACACGCAGACAUUCCUGAGGCUGAUAUGUCAUUUUAAAAACCCUCCAAGAUAAGAACUGUCUUUCCGUUAAUAUAUGGCGGCUGUUAUGCCAUACUGAGAAACACAGUAUUGUAGGUUUUGGCAUUAAGACAAUUGUUUUUUUUACUAUAAGAUCGCAUGCACUGGAAACAUUCUUCUUUGGCUGAGGUUUGAGCUGAGAGUUCUUGAAUCAGUACUUACGAUAAACAUUCCUCUUGUUUUGGGUGUGGGUUAGAUUAUUUUUUAUAAUUUUUUUCUUUUCUUUUAUGCAUAAAUUGCAUUGUCCUUGUGGUUGUACCCUAGUUAUUUAUCACAAAGUGCUUUUGAACUCACCUUUUCAUUUUCGGAACUGAACUGACAUCUCAUUUUGUAUUACUUUGUCCCACAACCAUUUUUGUUUAUGAAUUUGUCCAUAAUUUUCACAUCAAGAACAUUUACAGCAUCUUCCCAUUUUCCAUAAAUGUUUGUGAAUUGUUUCCAUCCAUUGUAACCAGCUUUUACCAGAGUAUUUAUAAAAAUAUGUAUAAAAAUAAAAACAAAUUCACAUGCUUCUACAUCAGCAUUUCCUAUGUUAUAAAACCUUAACUGUGUAAACUGCUGUAUUUUAAAAUGUUAUGGGAUGUAUGUGGAAGGUUUUUUUAAAGUAAAUAAUUCAAAGAAAAUGUCAUUUGAUUUAUUUACAAGUUUGAUAAGCACCUGAUCAUUGAUGAUUGAAUGACUAGAAUAUAUGCUUCUAUAAUUUUCACAUCUGGAACAAUGAUUUCUUUAAGUACUUGUAGAAAUCACUUGAGAAUUGAAAAGGAUUACAAACAUGGUGAGCAUGGCAACCUUUUUUCCAAAAUGUGGUUCCUCCCAAAGACAUUUUAAAAGGAAUAUUUCACUCAAAAAUAAAAAUUCAUAAUUUACAUAAUUUACUUUUUUUCUGCAGAACAUCUCAGCCAUGUAGGUCAAUACAAUGCUCCAAAAGCACAUGAAGUCAGUAUAAAAGUAAUUCAUAAGACUCCAGUGGUUAAAUCCAUGUGGUUUGAGGCGAUCCAACUAAUAUCCCCAAAAAAAAAAAAAAAUGAAAUCAUGAUUACCAAGGAGACUGUUGAUGCCAAGAUUUAUUAUUGUAAAAUGUUAAGGGAGUUAUUUUUUAGCCUGUUUUGCUUCAGAAGACAUGGACUAAACCAGGGGUGUAAAAAGUACUCAGAAAUUAUAAGUGAAAGUAUGGAUACGGAGUGAAAAUCUUACUCAAUUAAAAGUAUCUAGCCAAAAAUAUACUUGAGUGAAAGUAAAAUGAUUUACUUUAAAUUGUAUUAGUAUUAAAAAAGUAAAAAGUAACUUUUCUAGCUAGAAUGAAAUGAACAGAAGUGAGAGAGAGAGGAUAUUGUUAAAUUUGAUUGGUUUAUGUCACCUUUUUACAGUCUCCAAAGACUGUCAUAUUUCUCCCCCAGUGGCAUUUGCAACUGUCAUAGAAUCAUGUUACAGUAAUUACAUUUUUGCAAAAUGGUGUAUGUCACGUGGCAAUUUCCUGGUGGAAUGAACACUAGAGGCGCUUAAACAACGACUUUUAUCCCCUUUCAGUCAAAUCACCAGUAAAACGGCAGAUUAUCAGUUCAUGAACACCUAUUUUUCACUCCGUUCCCACACAAUGCUAUCUUAUGACAUCUAAACAAUUUUACUAUAGCUCAUGACACAUUUUAACAUUUGCAUUACACAACUAACUACAGUACAGUAACCAGCUUCAAACUGCACAGUAGCUCAACUAAUAGCGUAGCAUAUGUGAUGCAAAGAACCAGAGCCGAAAGUGUCAUAGAAGCACCACAAAAUUACAUUCAUAAGUUGUUUUUCCAUCUCACAUUUGCUUUUUAUGACACUAUUGGUAAGGUUUAAGACAUUUCACUUGCUUUUAGCAGCACACAAUGGA